AUUCCUUCAAACACCUAGCCUCCGUCGCCGUUCUCUAUCCCGUCAUCGGGAACUUUUCAUCUGCCCUUUGACUCGUGGUUAGGACGAUGCGUGAUUGACACUGGCGAUCAGUGGCUCUUGCGACAGUAGAAGCCUGCACGAAGCCUGUCAGAAGCGGGAAUCGGAGCUUUCCAUCCAGUCACAGGCGCAAAAGCGUGGCCUCUAACCGCAACUUGAUCGACCCGGACCUGAGUACCCAGUACCCCAUAUUCCCUGAUUCGAAGCAAACACAAACCAUCUUCCCAAGUGGUACGGAGUACGAGAACUCACAUUUCAACCCAUCAAGGCAGACAACAGGGUCUUCAGACAUUGUGUCGACAAUAAGGCCCUUCUAUCCUUGAUCGCCCCAAGCUGACCGUCCGGCGAACACACACCCCCAACUCGAAAUACUCUACGGAGUACCUGCAUCUUCAUUCACUGCUCGGACCUUACCCUGCGCUGGUCGCCCCUGCUACAUACUGUCCGCGUCCUUACGUCCACUUCCUCUUCGAUUGGCGAAUGAUCAAUCAUCGAGCAAUAACGACCCGCGUCCCUAUCUCCUCACGUCAGCGACUGCCUGCACCCCUACAAUCCCUGCCUCCGAGUUGAUUGUCCGGCAAGCACCUACGCUGGCCCAUCUCACUCUCACUCUCACUCUCACCCCGACACCAUGACCUCCCCGCCUCAGAUUGCCCGGAAUGAGUCUCAGGCCUCUCGGAGAAGUACAAGUCUGGGCUCUCGACUGUUUCGAUCCAAGAGUGGGGAAGCACUGGGUGAACGGAAAACGUCUGGGAGCCGGCUGAAAAAGAAGCAUAGCGAGAUGGACGAAUCUGCCAAAGUGACGGCCAACUCUCCUCCACGCCUGCCAGGCUAUACUCCACAGCCCUUGGGCAUACAGUCGUUUGGCGGCGAGAAUUACAAACCCCAGUCCAAUUCCAGAGAGUACACAAAUGGGGCAAGGAACACUCCUCCCGUACCUCCACUACCAGAGUACCUCGAAAAGGAAGUGGUUGAUCCGUAUGCUCGAACCGAGAGCAUGACGCACCGUGGCCGAUAUUCCUAUGCUACCUCCACCGUGUCCACGGUCAAUUCACCUCGCAGAGUCCGACGUCGUAAAGAUCCCACUCCAUACAAUGUCCUAAUCAUUGGCGCUCGGAACUCUGGCAAAACCUCUUUUCUCAAUUUCCUGAAGAGCUCUCUGGCCCUCCCACUAAGGAAACAAGCAGCUCGAGCCCCUGAUGGUGACACGCCUCCAUCCUCAGCUCGACCCAACCCACACUUUACUCACCACUAUCAAGAGAUCGAGGUUGACAAUGAACGAAUAGGGUUGACAUUGUGGGACUCGCAAGGCCUGGACAAAGGCGUGGUUGAUCUUCAGCUGAGAGACAUGGCAAAUUUUGUGGAGAGCAAGUUUGACGACACCUUUAUUGAGGAGAUGAAGGUGGUUCGUGCGCCUGGCGUCAGGGAUACCCACAUUCAUUGUGUCUUCUUCAUUCUCGAUCCUGCCAGACUCGAUGCCAACAUCAAUGCUUCGCAGGGAGGAAGCAAUGCCCUGGAGACUGGUCGAAUUGGAAAGCCACCUCGGAUUGUCGGGGCACUUGAUGAAGAUUUUGACAUACAAGUCAUGAAGGCGCUCUCUGGCAAGACCACUGUGAUUCCUGUCAUCAGUAAAGCAGACACCAUUACAACAGCCCACAUGGCUUUUUUGAAGCAAAAGGUUAGCAGGAGCCUGAAGAAGGCUGGCCUCGAUCCACUUGAAGCAUUGAACUUUGAAGCCGAAGAAUUUGACGAGGAUAGGCUCGACGAGCGUGAUGAAGAUGACAAUAGCAGUGAGGCAGAGAGUGGUGCAGGGUCGGCGAGAAGCGAUGAUUCCGAGGCCAAUCCCACUACGUCAAACAUGAAGCGCCCAGUCGUCCACAAACGUCAGUCAUCAAACAUGUCCAUGGGUGAUCCGACCCUGGACAGCGGAUAUGUACCUUGGUCAAUUAUCAGUCCGGACAAGUAUUCAUUGGAGGCCAAGGACGGUCCAGUCGGCAGAGAAUUUCCCUGGGGAUUUGCCGAUCCGUACAAUCCAGGUCAUUGCGACUUUGUCAAGUUGAAGGAUGCCGUCUUCGCAGAGUGGCGUUCUGAACUGCGAGAAGCCAGCCGUGAAGUGUUUUAUGAACGAUGGCGAACGAAUCGCCUCAACCGUCGAACGUUGCCAACAACCAACGGACUCCCGUCAGGACCUCGACAAAGUGGUGGCAUCCCAAUUCCUCUGCAUCCUCGAGGUCGCUGACAGUUGUAAUUUUGUGCGAUCGGUGUACUUCAAUUUCAAUGGAUCCAAAAGUCGAUUCAAAAUACACACGAAACUGUCGUCAAAAAGCAUCCUGAAGCAGAGAGAAAGAUCAGUGACCGAGUGAGGCGAGUUGACACUACUGGCAUUAUUAUUUUCACCCCUUGCAUGGUAGUGCUCUUCUUGGGCGUUGGAAUGAGUUCAUUAUGACGCCCGCUUAGGGACAGUCACGAGUCAUGACACAACAUCACUUUUUCGUGGAGGCUACGUGUACCUAGACGUGGUUCAGUUUUAUUUUCGGUUGGGUGUCUAUGGGACAUUGAGAGGAUUGUGAAGCGCGAGUUUUGAUGCCGAGCUGCGCUUGGUGUUUGUAUGAUUUUAGUGACCCUUGUAGCACAUUCAGAAUACCCCCUUUGCCUCGUUGACACUGUAUGUACUUUGCUCAUUUCUUAGAUAGACAAACCACAAAC